AUGGCCAGGAGAUUCCUUCUCUCGUUACUCAUCGGGAUCGUGUCCCUCGGCAUGACCCUGGCGGCUCCCACCGUGUAUCCGGAAGUGAUUCCCGGCCCCGGCCUGCCGACGCUCGCCGAACUGAACCUGACCACGGCCCAGCUCUACGAGCUUGGGAGGCCCAAUACUACAGCCCUGCUGCGGCACGGCGUGACGCUGAGUCCGCGGUGGGAGGGCAGAUGCGGGCCGGAAGACGGGGCGUACGCUAAAGUGGACGACGUCAUCGCAUGCUUUCACUACCUGCUGAGCCUGGACACGAGGCCCUGCAGGUCGAUACACUAUCCCAAUAACAACAGGCUCUGCCAGGCAGGCGGGGCCCAGAUCUUUGUUUUCACCACCAAUAUCAAGCACGCCGACUCGGAUGUUGCCCGGGGCGCCCUCUGGGUCAUCGACCACUGCACCCGUCCGGACAUGACCAGCGCUGGAUGGCAAGCCGCCUAUGGCAAUGGCUUUCUCAUUGUCAAUGUAGCCAACCUAGGUUGGUUCAAUGACCCGGACUGGACGAGAUAG